ACGCUGAAGAGGAGGGGCGUGGGCCUGGACGGGCCUGAGCCAGAGGUGGAGGAGGAGCCAGAGGGGCCCGGAGAGAAGUCACUGAGGACGGCGGGAGGCGACAGAGGCUCAGCUUCGCCCCUGCCUCUGAUCUACGUAAGAGAACUUCGGCCCCCAAACACAGUCAACACAGAGUUCGAGAUGGAAACCCAGAGAGCAGUAUGAAGGGCCAGGCGGGAAAGCCGCCUGUGGAAGCGGGCUGGUCCUGGGUGGGUGAAGCAUCCGUCCCUGCCGUAGGAGUUCAGCGAACAAGCCUUCCUGCCGCAGUUCCUCGGACGAUCCGACGUCCCCGAACCAGCAACCUGGCAGCCCUGUGUGAGGAGGGUCCCCCCAGCCGAGUGGCCUCCCCCCCGACGCCCCCGAUCAGCAUCAAGUCCGAGCGUCUGUCCCCUGCCACUGGGGCCUCUGGCGACUUCCCCAGGUCCUUUCCCUAUCCUCUGCUCCUCGCCAGGCCCCUGGCGGAGCCACUGCGGCCCGCGGCCUCCCUGCGCCGCUUGACCCCCGACGGCUGGCCGCGGUAGAGCACAGAGGGCUCCUCCAGCCUCCACAGCCCAGAGACCCCUGAACAGCCAGAAGGGCGAGGGCAUGCAACGCCCGCCGUCACCCAGGAGGCACUGUUCCUUCCUGGGGCUGCUGCAUCAAUAAAGCCCAGGGCUUCUGGAGGGCGCUGGGAAGCUCCCCACCCCGAGCCUCCCAAGCCUGAGGUAUUCACACCCA